GUGAGUUGGCUUCGGCUCGGCUCGGCGCGGCUCGGCUUCGGUGAUCCACGUUUAUAUAACCUCUGGGGGACAAACUUGCAUCACGAAUCGCAAGGUAACGGGCUUGACCACGUGUACUUUAACGAGUCCGCCCCCUGGGGGGUCCCUGUAUUCGCCUUCCGAAGAGGGUAGGGCUCGUUUCCCCAUCACAUCUACCUCUUUCCUCUCUCCCCAUCUUCGUCGUGACUCCACUUGCAGGCUCCCCUCUUUUGCUUUCGGUGAUUGGAAUCGGAGAGUUGCGGGAUGAAUCCCUUGUUGGUAGUUGUGUUCGCACGAUCUCAAUUGCGGUGUUGAGGACGAGGCCUGGAUGAGGAAUGGUGCAUGAGAUCUUGCGAGAUUUCUGAAUCCGUGGGAGUGGGCGCGAGUUGAGUUGCAGGGGAUUGGCACGGGGAUGGGCUCGUUUUGGUCCGACGAGGACCGGCAGGUGGCGGUGGCUGUGCUUGGCCACCAGGCCUUCGACUACCUCAACGCUCUGCAUACGUCCUUGUCCGAUGGCCACCUCACCGCCGUUGGGGGCGGGGACGCCGACCUCCAGACGAAGCUCCAGGACCUCGUCGAGGGCACUUCCUCAUCCUGCUCUUCCGUCUCCGCCUGGGCCUACGCCAUCUUCUGGCAGAUCUCCCGGUCCGGGUCCGGUGACCUUGUCCUCGGCUGGGGCGAUGGCCACUGCCGCGAACUCAGUGACGGAGAGGAGGAGGGCGGCAUCCAGCGCCUCCCCCUCGACGGCGCCAACCAGAAGAUGCGGAAGCGGGUGCUCGAGAAGCUCCACACGCUCGCCGGCGGCUCCGCCGACGAGAACUAUGCGCUCCGGCUCGACCGCAUCACCGACGCGGAGAUGUACUUCCUGGCGUCCAUGUACUUCUCGUUCCCCAAAGGGGAGGACGCCCCGGGGAAGGCGCUUGCGUCGGGAAAGCACAUAUGGAUCUCGGAGGCGGGGCUGAACUCGCCGGUGUGCUCCAGUUACUGCGUCCGGACGUUUCUUGCGAGGUCGGCGGGGUUCCGGACGAUCCUCUUCGUGCCGUUCGACACCGGAGUGCUUGAACUGGGUUCGAUGGAUCCGGUGCCGGAGAGCUUCGAAGCGCUGCACACGAUUAGGUCGGUGUUCGGUCAAGGCCGUAAUAAGGCGGCGGCGGCGCUGGCGGCCGGGGAGAAGAUAGGUGAGAACCACGGCGCUGUUUCGGCUUCCCGUUUCGGGGUCGGCGGCCACGUCGCGGAGUAUCCAAAGAUCUUUGGGAGGGACUUGCGCCUUGGGCACGCUCAGCUCAACGAGAGGGCCAGGGCUUUGAUCGUGAAGCCGGAACAGAGGCCAUCGGAGUUGAUCACGAAGCAUGGAGAUCACCAUCAAAAUAUCCCGCCCACCAAUGGUGCGACGGUGCUCCAAUGGAAUCAGAGUCGCAUCGCGACCUCUCACCAGCAGAAGCUUGGCAAUGGCGCACCACCACAUGGUCGGCAUAUUAGCGGGGUUGUCGGUCAAGACCUCCGGAAGAACCAAUCCCAGCCUCAGAAGCCGCCGCCGCCUGCGCCGCAACCGCGUCGCCAGCAACCGAUGCCGCAUCCGCUGCCACAGUCGGGGCAAAUCGAUUUCAGCACAGGGGAGGCUAAUUCUGCUUCUGUUGGCGUCUCGGUCGGUCGUUUGGGAGCGGUGGACACGGAGCUCUCGGAUGUCGAAGCCCCGUGCAAAGAGGAUAAACCAGGUACGAUGGAGGAGCGGAAGCCAAGGAAGAGGGGCCGGAAGCCCGCAAACGGCCGGGAAGAGCCUCUCAACCAUGUGGAAGCCGAGCGCCAGAGGAGGGAGAAGCUCAACCAGAGGUUCUACGCCCUACGCUCGGUGGUGCCCAAUAUCUCCAAGAUGGACAAGGCCUCCCUGCUCGGCGAUGCCAUAUCCUACAUCACCGAGCUCCAGAACAAGCUCAAGGAGAUGGAGGCGGAGAGGGAGAUGUGGGGCGACCCGUCAUUCAUGGACCGCAAGCGCCGGGCUUACAUGCAUCCUGAGAUCGAUGUCGAGGCAGCACAGGACGAGGUUAUCGUUCGCAUGAGCUGCCCGCUCGACGUGCACCCCGUCUCCAAAGUCAUCCAAGCUCUCAAGGACCUGCAGAUCGAUGUGGUGGACUCGAAGGUUGCUGCAAACAGCGACAGUGUCCUGCACACGUUUGUAGUGAAAUCGCCGGGCGCAGAGCAGCCCACCAAGGAGAAGCUAAUUGCCGCUCUUACGCAGGAGUUGAACGCCACAUAACCGCCGACAGCCAGUGGAAGACGUUGCAGCAAUGGAACAUUGUGGAUGUUUAUACUUGUACCAGUAUUCAACAAAGCUAUAAUCUUCAUAGUCAGUCAGAUCACAUCUUCGAUUGCUUGACUCCUUAUGUUCUCUAGCCGCCGCUUGCAGCAGUUCUAAAGAGGAGUUGAACUUGGUAUCCUCCAUGACCUUUCUAUGUCUGCGGAAGAGCAGCUCUGGAGUAAAAUUUUAUUGACCUAUAUGGAUACACUCCUCUACUUGUUGUGGCCUCGUUCUUCUUCUUGGCUGUUGCAAACCGAGCUUUUUAGGAUUCUAAAUUCUCUAUCCAAGUUCAUUUAAUUUUCGAAUGACACUGAAUUAUUUUC